UUGGCCUUUUGUUGUCAACUCUUCCACGUCAUCUUUUUGCACGGAUUUUGACCAAUUCGGAGCGACAUGUUAACAUGCAAUCGACCGAGAAGUUGUGGAGUUGUUGGCAGCUAUGGGUGAAGUAGUCAAGACGUGGAAGGCAGCAGAGGAGCCCAAACACACCACAAACUCAGCCGACUGGAGUUCAACAGUACGCUGUGGAGCGCUCGCUUUCCGCACAGCCUAAAAAAAAAACACAUAACAAUGGAAGACUGUCCCUGAUUUUACACGGAUCCUUCAUGAAAAGGAGAGAAUAAAGCGCUUCAGUGGAGCUGAGAUGGUCUGAGCACACUGUUACUGUUGCGGUUUGCUCGGAUCAUCUGGAACUAAAUCCAAAGGUCUGAUGGUAAAGUGAGAGGAUUGGUGUCAAACUGCGAGUAGAGAAAAUCAGGUAUAUUUGACAAAGCGUUGAUUAAACACGCAGAGUGGCACCAUGUGGAGCCCGGGGACGUGGAUGUGGCGAGCGGCUGUGUGCUGCAUGCUUCUGGAAACAUUUCUGCACACUGCCAGAGGUCUCAACAUAUGUAUGAGUGGCAGCGCUACAUCCUGUGAAGAAUGCCUCCUAAUUCACCCCAGUUGCGCCUGGUGCGCACAAGAGGAUUUCGUGAGGGGGCGGACUCUAACAUCACGCUGCGAUUUUAGUCAAAACUUGCGCAAGAGGGGCUGCGAGGUGCGGUUCAUCGAAUACCCCACCAGCAGCAUCUCCGUCCUGAAUAAUAGGCCUCUCAGUUCUAAAGGAUCGGGGUCGGCCCAGUACGAUGUCGUCCAGAUUAUGCCUCAGAAGAUCUCUGUCAGCCUGCGACCAGGAGACCAGACGUGGUUUGGGCUGCAGGUGCGGCAGGUGGAGGACUACCCGGUGGAUCUCUACUACCUGAUGGACCUUUCCCUUUCCAUGAAAGAUGAUCUGGACACUAUCCGUAACCUGGGCACCAAACUGGCCCUGGAGAUGGGCAAGCUCACCAGCAACUUCAGGCUGGGCUUCGGUUCCUUUGUGGACAAAAACAUGUCCCCCUUCUCCUACACAGCACCCAAAUAUCAGGAGAAUCCAUGCAGUGGAUACAAACUGUUCCCCAACUGUGUCCCCACCUUCGGUUUCCGCCACAUCCUCUCACUGACGGAUAAAGUGGACCGUUUCAACGAGGAGGUGCAGAAACAGAUGGUCUCUCGCAACCGGGACGCGCCAGAGGGCGGAUUUGACGCCAUCCUGCAGGCUGCUGUUUGUAAGGAUGAGAUAGGCUGGAGGAAGGAAGCCUACCACUUGCUGGUGUUUGCCACAGACGACGUGCCUCACCUUGCUCUGGACGGCAGGCUCGGAGGCCUCGUCCAGCCUCACGAUGGACUCUGCCACCUUAAUGACAAGAACGAGUACAGCGCCUCAACUAGGAUGGAUUAUCCCUCUCUGGCGCUUCUCGGGGAGAAACUGGCAGAAAAUAACAUAUUUCUCAUCUUUGCGGUGACGAAACGGUUGUACGUUAUUUAUAAGAAUUUUACCGCACUCAUACCUGGAACUACAGUAGAAAUCCUGGACCAGGACUCUAAGAAUGUCAUUCAGCUGAUCAUCAAUGCCUACAAUAACAUCCGCUCUAAAGUGGAGCUGACAGUGUUGGACCACCCAGAGGACAUCAGUCUUUCCUUCACCGCCACCUGCCAGGAUGGACAGCCGCUGCCAGGUCUCAAGAAGUGUGCCGACCUAAAGAUAGGAGACACUGUAUCGUUCAACGUGAGUGUGGAGGCGAGGAGUUGCCCUCCUCGUGGCACUGACCAGAGCUUCACCAUCAAACCUGUGGGAUUCAAAGACCGUCUGGAGGUGGUGGUGGAUUACCAGUGUGACUGCGGCUGCAGUCGGACAGCACAGACCAACAGCAGCAUCUGCAGCUCCAUUGGUACAUAUAAUUGUGGGACUUGUCACUGCGAGCCAGGCUACCUGGGCGCUCGCUGCGAGUGCCAGGAGGGCGAGGCCAGCAGCUUGUACAUGAGCGCCUGCCGGGAAGCCGAGGGGAAGCAGAUCUGCAGCGGCCGCGGAGAGUGUAGCUGCAACCAGUGUCUGUGCUACGAGUCGGAGUUUGGCAAGAUCUACGGCAGCUUUUGCGAGUGCGACGACUUCUCCUGCGCCCGACACAAAGGCAUCCUCUGCUCAGGUCAUGGGGAAUGUCACUGCGGGGAGUGCAAGUGCCACGCUGGAUACAUUGGCGACAACUGUAACUGCUCCACCGAGACGGCGUCCUGCAUUGCGGACGAUGGGCAGAUGUGCAGCGGGCGAGGCAACUGCAUGUGCGGACGCUGCCAGUGUACAGAGCCGGGGGCCUUUGGAGACACCUGUGAAAAAUGCCCCACCUGCCCUGAUGCCUGUGGUACUAAAAGAGAAUGUAUCGAGUGUCGGCUUUUCAACUCAGGGCGGCUCGCAGACAACCAGACUUGCCAGCGCCUGUGCAAGGAUGAAAUCAUCACUGUGGAGACCCUCAAUACUGAGGACCCCGGUGCUGUGCUUUGUCUGUAUAAGACAGACAACGAUUGUGUGAUGAAGUUCACAUAUUCUGAGCACGCCAGCGGACAAUCCGUCCUCACAGCCCUUAAAGAGGCAGAGUGUGGUGGCGGGCCAGAUGCCAUGAUGGUGUUGCUGGCUGUGGUGGGCAGCAUCCUGCUGGUAGGAGUGCUGCUGCUGGCUGUCUGGAAGCUGGUCAUCACCAUUCAUGACCGGAGAGAGUUUACACGCUUCCAGAACGCACGCUCACGUGCCCGAUACGAGAUGGCCUCCAACCCUCUGUACAAGCAGCCCACCUCUACACAUUUCGUAGAAACGGAUUUCAACAUGUACGGGAAGUCCUACAACGGGGGGGUCCACUGAUCCCUCAGCACGGGGCGCGGCAGGACCGGUCCAGCGAAACAGAUCCCCGGAGGCCGAGGCGGACUGACUGAACACACUCAUCCCUCUGCACGGUCCACAACUGAUAACAGACGUGAAAUGAACUAGACUAUGUCUGAGAGAGGAUCCCGUGGCCUUUUUUUUUUUUUUUGUCUUUACGGAGGAAGUCCGUAAGCCUUCCACAAAGAAGUGACUUCUUUUUCUUCUGCGUUCGCGUUUUCACUGGUGGCAGUCUGCAGAGGAGCAGCGAAGCAUCAACUCCUGCGUCUUAGAGAAAGUAGACUUAGCAGUGAGUUUGUCUGCAGGUAAACAACAUAAAGAAACUCAUAAAAAAAACAUAACUGCAACCACAUAAAACCACCGUUCAUUCAUUCUGUGUACAGAGCAAAACAUCGGCUUAUAUUUGUAUAUUUUUAUAAACACUAAAAAAUGCCUUUUUUUAGUAUAAACUAUGCAUCCAACCGGACUUCCAUUUGAAUAAACUGAGGUUCACUCCACCUCAGAUCAUUUCAAACGUACAGGAUUUCUCAAAAGCACAUAUUUCUGAAGGUGACUCUGAUCAUGUUGUGGUACUACUAACAUUUACUAAGCAAUAGACUUUCUACCUUCAUUUUGCACAGAAAAUAUUAAGUCAAGUCUCAUAAAGAUUUAACUUUUAUUUUGUUGGUGUGUGUGUGUGUGUGUGUGUGUGUGUGUGUGUGUGUGUGUGUGUGUGUGUGUGUGUGUGUGUGUGUGUGUGUGUGUGUGUGUGUGUGUGUGUGUGUGUGUGUGUGUGUGUGUGUGUGUGUGUGUGUGUGUGUGUGUGUGUGUGUGUGUGUUAUUUUAUACUCCACUUGCACUGCCUCCUCCUAAUCUGAAUUACAGGGUACUAAUUUAACCCCCCUGGCCUCUGAACCAUGAAAUGAUGAGUUAUUAUUUUCAUUUUUUUUAUUGUCAACUAAUCCAAUGAGAAGUCCAAAGCCAACAACAUGUUAAUCAUUUUCUUACUACUUGAUCAAUUUUCCAUCCAGAUUAUCAGACUUUUCAUUUGAAUGGGAUAUGCAGGCAGCGGUCCAGAGGGUCUUGAACCAGGUGAUGACUUCUCUACUGAUGUCCAAACCCUUAUUCAACUACAAAAAUAUGUAGUUGUAACAUUUUUCAAGUCAUUUCCUACAGCAGCUGGCCACUUUACGUUUUAGCAAAAAUUACUUAAACAGGAGUAAAUAGUCUAUACAAGAUUAUUUUCAACUGCAGUUGAACACACCCUCAUAGUACAAUGAAUAAUUUACAGCAGAGCAGAAACAAUUAAAUAGAUUAGUCGGUCAACAGAAAAUGAAUUGGCAGCUAUCUUCUUCACUUCAUAUUUUAUAGACCAAAUGAUUAAUGAGUUAUGAAAAUGAAAACCAGUUGAGGUCUUUGGCACUGAAGAAUCAUCUGCUUAAAAUCCGGCUUUGGAUAAACAGAAAACACUUGUUAGUGGGAUCAAUUCAUUGCUGGUUUUGGUCUUUCCAUGGAAUUUGUUGACAAUAAGAAAAACAAAAAUACCACCAGCCUCUUCAUUCAUGAUUCAUGUGCUCAAUACUGGCUAGCCAGUAAUGUGAUAACUGCCUUAAAGCAUUCUCCAUGUGAUUAAGUAGAUUUGUUAAACUCAUUAAUUAGAUCUACACUAGAUAACCAUUCAUUUGGAAUAUAGACACAUGCAGUACUUUUAACGUCUUAUGGAGUUAAUAUUAAAUUUGGCACAUGACUGCUGCUAUGUUAUAAGGUCUAUGGGACGUCUUGUCCACCCCGCCUGUUCCGGGAGUGGGUGGAAAAUAGUGACAUACAGUGUCAUAAAUUUACCGUUGCUGUUCCCACAGGAGGAGGUGGAGUCUGAGCUGUCACAGGGAAUUCUGACAGUGGGGUGAGGGAGAAGCUGCUCUGUGGCCUUUUUUUUUUUGGUGGUGGUCUUACAGUGAAAGUGUCAGGGACUUGGAGUUUGUGUGUGUACGAGUGUGUUUGAGUGAAAAAGAGUGUAUGUAAAUAAUAAUGCAUGGGUACGUAUGUACAUACAGUGCCAAAAUGAAAUUAAAGUGUUUUCACUUGUGGAGUUUUGACUUGGUUUGGCACACUGUACUAAAAACUCACCCAUCCACCCACACACACACCUCUCCCUCAGCUCCAGCGUAAAGCAUGACUGCAGCGUUCUUCCUGUACAGUCUGAACAUUUCCACAUACGGAUGAUGGCACUACAACUUGUUUAUGUAAUACUGCGCACAGAGCAAAAACAAU